CAGAGAGCUUCAGAGGGACGGAGGGGAGCAGACAUAAAGUGGGCAAGGGAGGAGGGGGAUCAGAUAAGGAGAAGGGGGCAGACAGCAAAAGGGAGACAGAAGAAGGGGAAAGGGUGAAGAGACGGUGGGAGAGGUUUGGAGGGGAGGGACCAUAAGGAAUUCAGGAGCAUGGCUGAGUCCAUCACCUAUGCACAUCUGCGCUUUGUGAAAUCCCCUCUGAAGAAGACUCUUUCAGCUAGGCUGAAGCAGGACCCUGAGGUGGAUGAAGAUGGGGAGCUCACCUAUGAAAAUGUGCAGGUGCCUUCAGCCAAGGAUGUGUUCCCCAGCCCAGCUCAGCCUGGUCUUGGGGAACAAACAGGAGGGGAAAAGACAGAAAAACCUGUUACUGUACCUCAUUCAGUGACAACACCAAUUGCCAGGAGGAUUCUGCCCUGCCCUGUGGCCUGGACACCACACAUUCUCCUGAGCCUGCUGGGCAGCUGUUUGCUGUUGGGGGUCACUACUAUCAGCCUGGGCAUUCAAUAUAUGCAGAUAUCCCACCAGCUUAGAAAUACCAACCAGGUCCUGGAAGUCACCAAUGGUAGCCUAUGGCAGAAGCUCGAAAUGGGGGUUAUCCACUUGUCAAGGAAGGAAAUGGAUCUGCAGGCUGCCAGGGAGGAGCUGGCCCAGACCCAGCAAAAGCUGGAGGUAGAAAAGGGGCAGCACCAAGCUGCUGAGAACUACCUGCUGACCUGCAGGUUGGAAUGGAAUAAGACAGAACUGAGCCUGAAGGACAAUAUGGAGGAGAAGAAAAACCUGGAAGAAAAGCUGAAAACCUUGCAGAAUAGGCUGAAGCAAGUUCAGCCCCUUUUCAGUUGCCCAUCCCAAAGAAAUGGCCAGGAGAGGAGAUAUCUUCACCAGUUCCCAGAAAACUGCUGUCCCUUGGGGUGGAUGCUAUUUAAGAGGAAAUGCCUGUACGUCUCAAGUAGCCGGAAGACUUGGAAGGAGAGUGAAUUGUUUUGUCAAUCUCUAUCCUCAAAGCUGUUGGUUUUUGAGUCAUUGCAAGAAAAAGAAUCCUUAAGGCAGAUAAUUAUCAGAGAGAAACCAUUUGGUGAUUUCUGGAUCCAGGGAUGGCAAAUGAAGAACAAGAGAGAUCGAGAUCUAAAUACAUUGUGUUCAACUUUGAAACAUUACACUUACACUUACUACUCAAGGGACUCCUGUGACGAGACUUUGUCCUUCAUCUGUGAGAAAGAAGCCAUCAUAUAUCCUGUUGAGAUGGGGGACCACUUCUUUGACUGAGCUGGCUUCAGGAUUCAUCUUCUCAAGUCCUCUAGGCCUGUGUGGUCAGUGCCUAGAUUGAGGACUGAAUGAACACUUCUCUAAAGCAGUAUUCACAUCUGAUCCCAUCCUCUACUUCAAAUCUUGUUCAAGAGAGCACCAGCCUCAAGUAGGGGGAUUUGGCUUCUAGCAUCUUCAUGGAGGCCCCUGGUCCAAUCUUAGGCCUCCACGAGAGGUGUUUGCUCUAGGGAGGGGGUAAGAAGCAGGGGGAAGAGGAUACAUGGGCAGAUUGGGUGCGGGCGGCCCGGAGCCAGCCAGGCAGUUUUAUUGAAAUACUUUUAAAUAA